AUGGCCACUUUGAGUCUCGCCCGUUUCCCGUCGGACAUAGCCGGGGCGAGCGUCGUGUCGGCCGACGUGUCCGCGGACCUCAGGCUGCUAGCGGCGCUCCUGCCGUGCGGCGAUGUUGCUGUAUGCGCUCUCGGCAGCCCCGUGCGCCCUGCUGCUGCCACCACCCACGUCCUCUUUCGUGAUCGCGCCGACCCGCCAGGCACAGAUGCCCCUCCUCACGCGCCCUCGUACCAUCGCCGCGUCGCAUGGCUGUGCCCGCGACAGCAGCCGGGCGAGCCGUGCGAUCAGGGCCAGUCGCAUGAUCGGAUUCUCGUGCUGCUUAGGCCCCGCCGUGUGUCGCUGUACGCGAUAAGAGCUGACACGAGCCCCUUGUCGGGGAGUCCUAUACCGACUGCGUCAGUGCAGGCCAGGCGCGUGUCCGGCGGCAGGGCGGGCGUGCGAGUGGUGUUCUGGCCGGGGGGCGCGCACGAAUCCUCCUCCGCGCGCGGUGCCAACGAUGCGCUGGAUCUGGCGGGUGGCGCAGCAGAUGGCGCGGGGGAAACUGGCAGAUGGGAGCAGUUGGCGGGGGGAGGGGAGGCGGCAGCGCACAUGAGCAUGGGCGCGGGCGCGCGCAUGGGGUUCAGCAUGAGCGCGUGGCAUGCACACUUCGAUUCCGCGCCCUGGCACAGCCUGCUGGCCGCCUGUGGCACCUUGGCGGCGGGCGGAGACGACAGAGAGCAGGCGCAUAGCAGCGGAGAGGCGAGCAUGCAGGAGAGUGGGAGUGAGGGCGGGGCGUGGGGGUGCGCGGUGGAGCAGGUGGUGGCGGUGGGGGUGGAAUCCGAUCCGCAUGCCUCGCACCUCGCGUUGCUGCUCACGUCGCGCCAAGCAUACUCGCACAUGUGCCUCUCGCCCUCCGCGCUGCGCUGCCAAGUCCCCCUGCCAGCACACAGCAGCGUGCUUGUGCUGGGUGUGGCAGGGGGAGCCAGCGCUGACAACGGAUGGCAAGGGGCACAGAGAGAUGCUGGGGGUAUGGUGGGAGAGCUGUGGCGCGGGGUGCAGGGAGAGCAGGGGCGCAGGGCGGGUGCUGUGGUGCGCGUGCAGUGCUGCAUCCACCUGCACGCGGUCACGGGCGCACAGCAUGGGGCGGGCGCCAUGUGGAGUGCCGUGAAGCUGCAGGGCGCCGUGCUGUGCGCCGUGCAGCCAUGUGGCGCUGCUUUCACGUGGAGUGCUGCCUCUGGCCGCCCCCUGCACUCCCUGCUCCUCACCCCCGCCGGGCCCACGCCUCUUGCGCCCACUCUCGCCUCUGCCCCUCCCCAUGCACUCCACCCGCAUGGCGCUGAUGCGUGUGCAAGCAGCCGCAGCAGUGAGAGCAGCCGCAGCAGUGAGAGCAGCCACAGCUACCCGCCCAUGGAUGACACGCACUGUUCUCUUGGCGUGGCGGCGGGUGGGAUGGGUGACGUGGUGGGUUUGGUGCUGGGGUGGCAGGGCUCGUUGCUGUGUGUCGUCACCACCACAGGCUUCGUUCUCACAGCCUUGCUGCCUGCGCCACCGCCUCUUCCUGCACCUCUCGCCCCCUCCAUGCGCCCUGUGCUGCUGUGCAGUCCUCUGGCAUCAGGCCGCCUGCUGCUGGGGCUCGUGCAUGCAGACAGGCCAGGCCCGGGGGAGGGCAGCACUGCUGUGCUCACAGUGGCCGUGCUGCACUCGCCCCACACGCCCCACCAUUCCCUCCCACACGCUGCUCCUCACCCUGCCGCCGAUGCAACCUGUCCAGCACCAAAGGCACGUGUUGCUGUCUAUUCCUUCCCUCUUGCCAUCCCCCACAACCACGCGCCCAUCACCCACACCCCUCUUGAACCCGCCCUGCCGUCUCUCUCGCUGCCCUCCUCCGCGCUGCCACUGCUCUCCUGCCACCGCCUGCUCUGUCUCUCCAACGACCGCCUGCUCCUCCUCCUCCCCGCCCGCCCGCCCUCGCCCCUGCACCUCACGUCGUCCGCACCCCUCUUCCCCAUGUGCCACCUGCCCCGCUCGUGCCUCCCCUCACCCCCACCUGCCACUGAUCUUAGAGUGAACCCCACUGUGGCAGCCCUGCAGUUGGAAGGUGUUUUCUCCCCAACACCUUGUUGUGGGGGCAAGCAGGGGGAGGGGGGAGUGAGGGUGCGGAGAGGACAUUUUGCAAGUGUGGUGGUGGGGGGGAGUGGUGUGGUGGAGAGGUGGGUGGGGGCGGAGAGGCAGGAGGAGGCGUGGGUGUGCAGUGUGAGUGAGGCGAUGGGGGCGGUGAUGGCAAUAGAGGGCGAUGUGAUGAACAGGGAGGACCUGGGCGGCACUGCCUUCCUCUCCCUGCUGCACCACACUGCACACGCCAAUGGCUGGCCGGACUCGUGUCUUGUGUUGCAGCAUGUGCGCCUCUGCCUCGACCUCAUGUGCCCUGCACCCUCCGUUGUCAGGCUGCUCUUCCUGUUGCACGGCAUCAGUGCCCCCCUGCAAGUGAAGGCCUUCCACUGCCUGCUCUCCUACCUCAUCGCGCACCUCCCCCUCGCUCGCUUCUCGCGCUCUCACGCCAGAUACACCUCCAGUCUGCUGGCCCACGCCAUCCGUGCUCUGCUGCAGGCGCUCCUCCUGCACUACCACACCGCGCCCGCCUCGCCCCACAGGGCCCGCCGCCCCCACUCCACUCUUAGGCCACGCACACCAGCAGGCAGGCACACGGGUGUGGGCAGGGCCGAGAAGGGAAAAGGGGGAGGGCAGCGGAGGCAGCAAGAGGGGGAGGCGGGGAGUGAGGAGCAGGCGGUGCAGAGGGCGAGCAUGGAGGCGCUGUCUGACGUGCUGCUCACCCUGCGCCGCCUGCACACCGCCGCCACUCGCCUUGCUUCCCACCAUGCUGCUCCCUCCGCCGCCACUGCUGCCCCCAGCAGCCCUGCAGGCGGCGCUGCAGAGAGUGGUGGUGCAGUGGCAGGAGGAGGAGGGGGUGGCGCGGACAGACAGUCAGGGAUGCUGCUGCUGUCCGCCCCGCAUGCUCUCGCUGUGGCGCAUGGCCCACAGGCGGUGCUUCCAUCUGGACCCCUUUACUCCCGCUUGCCUCUUCCCCACCUUCCGCCCUCCUUCCCCUUGCCCCGCUCAACCCACGAUCAGCUUUCAGUCCCCUCCUCUCUCUUCUCCUCGCAACCGCCCAACCAACCCACCACCCUCACCACGCGCUCUGCCCAGCCGCUCGCCCUGCCACCACCGCCCACCGCUGCACCCGCCGUGGACAUUCUCCCCCACCAGCUUGCAGUGCUGUCCCCUCACAGCGCGCCAAUGCGGGCAUGGAUGGAGGGGGGCGAGCAGGAGAGUGUGCGGGCAAUGCUGCAGCGAUGGCAGCAGCAGCAGAGCCCCUCGCAGGUCGUGGUGUGUGACGCCAUCGCCUCCUGCCGCCUGCCCCUCGCCACCGCCUUCCUGCACCACCGCCUGCUGCACCCCCCACGCACACAGCAGCCCCGCCUCGAGGGCGCAGGUGGUGAGCAACACAUGGCGGUGGAGGAAGAGGAGGGUGACACAGAAGCAAGAGAGGAGGGAAGGACAGAAGCAGACGCGGAUUGGAGGGAAGCAGGGCAGCAGGAGGCGGGGCAGGCGGGCAGGGAGGAGGCGGAGCAUGUGGUGCAGGUGGAGGGGCGCAGGCUGGCGCUGGCGUUCCUAUGGCAGGGGCAUGCGGGCAUGGCAGCGCAGGUGCUGCUGCGCCUGGGCGCUCACGUGCAUGCGUCGCUGCUGGACCUGCUGCUGCGCUCCUUCUCCUCCCACCUGCGCCACGUGCUCUCACACUACCUGCACCUCCACCACCUGCUGCCGCCCCCCCUCCUGCACUCCCUCGCCUCUACUCAGGCCAUCCAGGACAUGUACCCCCUGCGAUCCUUCACCUCCGCAUAUCGCCUGCACCGUGCCUCUGCCCCCGCCUCACUGCAACCCCGCCCUGCCAUGUGCGCCGCACCCAGUGCCCUCCCUGGCACUGCUCCAGACUCCGCACCUGAGGAGGGGCAUGCAGGCGUGGACGUAAGGGGCGCAGGGGGAGCAUGUCACACAGUGGGUCAAGGGGUGGCAGACGCUGGUGGGGAGGAUGGGGUGGAUGAGCGUGGGGCGGAUGGUGGGGCGGGGAGGAGAGUGGAGGUGGGUGUAGGGGGUGUGCAGUGUGGGGAGUGUGGUGGGGGGGUGAUUGGAGGCAGUUGGGGCAGCCUGGUGGCACUGGUGCCCGCACAGGGAGGGCAGGGGGGGAGGCAGGGCGUGGAGGCGUGGGGCGAAGGUGCAGAGGGUGGGGAGAAGGAGACGAUGGACGCAGAGGGGGUGGGUGAUGAGGAGCAGAGCGGGGUGAAGGCAGGUGAUGGUUUGAGCGUUGUGGUGUGGCACGGGUUUGCGUGUGUGGCGACAGCAUGGGUGCAGCACUGGGACUCUGCUCUGCUGCUGCAGGUGCUGGCAGAAGGAGCUCUCCUCGCCUCGUCUCCCACUCCCUCCGUUUCCUCCUCCUCUUGUUCGCCAACUACUUCCUCCUCGGACCUCUCGUCCCCACUCACGGCCCUGCAUCACAUGCUAGCCACGCACCGCCUGCACAUCCCACCGUCACUGCCCGCUUCUCCACCACCCUCGCCUGCAUCACUGGUGGCGUGGGAGGCUCUGCUCUCCUUGUCCCUGCGCCACCACCUCCCUGCCCUCCUCUCCUCCACCCUGCACGCCCUCCCUCCCACCGCCCUCGCCCGCUCGCCCAUCACUGCUGCCUUGCACCGCCCUCCGCAUCACUCCCUUACCACCUCCACCGCCCCCACACGCCCCUGCAUGCGCGUGCCAGUGGUGUUGGCAGCAGCAGUGCUCGAACCAACCACAGCCUUGCUCAGGGCGGAGUGUGCGAAGGCGGACGGGGCAGGGGGCAGUGCGGAUGGCAGGGGCAGCAGUGGUUUGAUGCGCAGGGCGUUGGAGGAGCAGCUGGCGGCGCAGGGAGUGCUGCUGGCCGCCCACUGGCGCCACCCGUUGCCCCUCCUGCGCCUCCUCGCCCGCGCCCACAUGCUGCUGCCGCCCAAGGGCCAUUUGGGGGAGUUAGCGGGCGGAGGGGGGGAAGAAGCAGGGGGAGUGGAUGGUGUGAGUGCAGGGAGGCGUGGGCACGUGGGCGAGGGUGAGGGUGAUGCGGGAAGGGGAGGCGACGGGGAGGCAGACGUGCGAAGUGGUGAGGGCGGUGCUGUGGGAGGGCUGCACUGGAGUGCUGUGGGCAUGACUCUCACGUGCUCCGCGCUGCGCCUGCCACUGCUGCUGCACCUCUUCCUGGACACACACUCUGCCAGUCACCGUGCUCGCAUGCAGCAACACACACGUGAACAUGACAUGGUGCAGCUCCUCUCAGCGCACCCCUGCUACGUCUGGUUGCUGCACUCCCUCUGCCCACCGCCUCCUCCAACCCCCAUCACCCCCUCGCAAGGCCCCCUGGCUGCACCCGCAGGUGCCCCUGCAGCGGGCGUGCAGGUGGCACAGGGGGUGCGGUGCAACCUAGCGUGGCUCCUCGCCCACCCCCCUUCCGGCACUGCGUGGCCCUGGGUGGGCGCGGCGCAGGGGGAGAAGACUGAGGGCGCGUGGGGGGAUGAAGAGGGUGGUGAGAAAAGCAGUGAGGGGCGUGGUGCAGGUACAGGGAUGAGCGGGGGAGGUGAUGGGGACAGGAGUAGUGGCGGAGGGGGAAUGGGGCAGGUCCGGCCAGGAGCAGGAGCUGUGGCUCUGUGGGCUGGGAAUCACUUGAGCGGUGUUGUGGGGUGCAGAUGGGUGGGUGGAGCAGACGUGGAUACAUGGGGAGAUGAUGAGCUGUGGUGGUGGCAGAAGGGCCAGUGGGGCGAGGAAGAGUGGUGCGGUAAGGCAAGCACUGCAGGACACAGUGGGAAUGAGGCGACUGGGAGGAGGGCGAUGGGGGACGAGGAGGGGCAGGCGGAGGAGCAGGAUGAGGAGAGAGGAGAGGGCGAGGCAGAGGAGGAGCAAGGGGAGGAGGGGCAUGAGGAGGAGAUGGCGGAUUGCAGUGGCCCACGUGCGGGCUUAGAGGUGCGGAGAGCAGUAGAGGGGCGGUGGGAGGAAGUGCAUGUGUCAGCAGUGGAGCAGUGGCAGCAGCACCUCUGGCGCUCCCUGCUGCUCGCGCUGCUUCUCCACCCCCCCUCUCACCCCGCCCUCCCCUCCCACCUCCCCCUGCUCGCCUGCCUUGACCGCCUGCUGGGCCCGACGCAUGUGGCUGCACCGGGCCAUGGGGGGAGCGGGCGGGCGGAAGGCAGGCGAAAAGAAGAGGAGGAGAGGAGUGGAGAGUGGUGGCGGAGUGGCAGGGGAGGGAGGGAGGAGGUGGUAGCAGUGUUGGGGGGAGGCAGAGGCAUGUGGCAGAUGAGGGGUGUGCGCAUGGCACUCACUGCAUCGCACCAUGCAGCACAAGGAGUCACCCUGGCCUGCCUGCUACCGCCAGCACUGCUCUCACCACCGGACUCACUCCACCAUCACCUGCACGCACUCUCCCACCACCCCGCCCCGCUGCCCCCCGCACCUGCACUCGCCCUCGCCCUCCGCCUGCACCUCCUGCUCUUCACCCCGGUCUCAACCAACCCCCUCGCCUCCCACUCACUCCCCCCCGCGACAUUCCCCUGGGAGCUUCCCCCUGCCUUCCCCCUGCCAUGCACCCUCCAACUUGCUCCCCAUGCUGCCCUGCAGCGCCUGCCGUCCCUCUCCGCCCUCUCCCACUCCCUCGCCUCCCUCUCUGCCCGACCCCAUGCCUGUGCCUGGCUCACCGACUCUUCGCCCUUGGCAAACCGCAGUGCACCAGAGGUACCCACUAGCGCCCAUCCAAGCGCACUGCUCCCCCUGCCUCACUCUCUCCGCCACCAGCUGCUGGCAGCAUCGCCCUUGGCGCUCUUCCUCUCACUCCUCCCCUCGCUGCUCUCCCCAUCCGUUGCCCGCGCCGCUCUUAAGGCCACCGUGCACCACCUGCACGGCCUGGCAUCAGCAGCAGCCCUGCUCGCGCGCACACACACGCCCCUGCUCGCCUCCGCCUCCACCUUCCUCUCCCUGCUCGGCCUCUCCUCCUCCCGCCUGCGCCUUGUCAUCGCUGCCUUGCACCUCAUCCUCUCCUCCUCCCCACCCCCCUCGCCCUCGUCCCUGGCUGCCGUUGCUCGCUUCCUGCACUGCUACUGCAGUGCGUGGGUGGGGGACCAGCAAGGCGGGGCGGGCAGGGAAGGGGAGGCAGCGCAGCACAAGGCGGCGAGGCAGCUGCUGAGGCUGCUGGAGGGUGCCGUGCUGGGGGAGGCGGAGGGGGCAGGUGGAAAGGGGGAGGGGGAGAAUGGUGCGGGGGGGAUUUGUGUGGUGGAGGUGGGGGCAGCGGAGAAGGGAGGGGUAGGGAAGGGUGUGGUGCGGGGGUGGUCGAACCAUGCAGUGGAGAUGGUGGGGGAGGAGGAGCAGCAGGAGAGGCAGCGGCGAGUGCAGCAGGCGAUGCAGAGCAGGGAGCAGCAGCAGCAGCAGAGGGACGAGUGGGCGUUGGUGCUGGCUCUUGCAGCGGAGUUCUCUCUUCCACCCCCUAACACACUCUUACUGCGCUUCGCACGCGCUAACGACUGGAUGGGGUUGCUGGCACAGGCACAGGCGCAAGCAUGGCCCCUCCACGACCUCCUGCACAUCGUCCACCAGCACGUGCCGCACCUGCCGCUGCGCCACCACCUCUCGCUCGCCCUCGCCCGCUGUGCCACCCCCUCCUGCCCACCGCCCUCGCUGCUGCCGUACCAUCGCACACCCACCCUCUUCCACGUCCUCUCACAAGCCACCACUGCGCCCGCCCACUCACACACCCCUGGGAGCACCGCUGCUCGCCCCCCUGGCCAUGUGGCGGCACAGCUGCUGCGCAACGCACGGCACCUGCACUGGCCGCUGCUGGCCGUGGUGGCAGCAGGCGUGCAGGGUGGCGCGGAGGACAGGCAGGCAGGGGCGAGCUCGCGGAUCACACUGUUCCACCUGGCGUGCCUCGACUGCUGGCUGCAUGCCACCUGUGCAGAGCUGCUUGCAGCAUCGACCCACACUGGAUCGCACGGCCUUGCUGCCGUUGGUAGGGUUGUGUCCUCCCAGGGGGGGAUGGAGAGACUAGGGCGGCUGGGAGAUGAGGGGGAGGAAGAGGGUGAAGCAGAGGAGGGGGUUGAGGAGGCGUGUGGAGGAGUGGGGGGGAAUCAGGAGUGGGUCCUGGGGUUGCAGCAAGGGAAGCGGCGGCGAGUGGAGGCAGAGAGAGGGUGGAAAGGGGAGAGGCAGGGAGCAGCCAUGGCCGAAGGGGAGCAGAGGGUGCUGCAUUCACAGGCACAGCCAGGCGCAGAGGCAACGCAAGUGGAGGGGCAGGAGAGGAGGCAUGGGGGCGAGGAGGCGAGGGGCAUGGGGCUGGGCGGCAUGGUGGCGUGGCUGUGCCGUGAGGGGUGUGUGCUGCCGCUGCUGCGUGGGCUGCACCUCUUCCUGCCCCGCUGCUCCCUGCUCUACCUCCUCCUCGCACUGCAGGCGCACUGGCGGCAGCACAGUGAGGAGGCGGAGGCAUGUGUGGCGGAGUUCAACGUGUUGGCGGACAGGGAGCACGAGCAUGCGCAAGCAGCGCAGCACCACCAGGGGCACGCACUGGGGGAGGCGUUGGGGGACUUGGAGGAUGUGUGGGGUGCUGAAGGGGCAGCGGAAGAGGAGCAAGCAGCGACCCAUGACCUCCCUCCUCUGCACACUCGCUCCUCCUUCUUCUCCCCCUCCCUCUCUCUGCGCUCCCUUGCCCUCCGCUGCUCUCUCUCCCCCUCGGCUAUCCUCUCCUCCCUCGCAUCGCUAGCAGUUGACGCAGCCAUUGCCCGUGCUGCCUCACCGCACCAAACUCUCUCCCUCCUCCACCUCUUAUCACGCGCCCGCCUGCCCCCACCUGCCCAGCACCGCCUGCAGCAGCUUCAGAUGGAAACCCAGCUGCUCUCAGGUGACCCUUCAGGGUCCUCCGCCUCCCCUCUGCCCUCUGUGCCCCCUGUGGCUGCGCGUGGAAAUUCCAGCAGUGCGGCAGGGGCAAGGGUGGAUGGAGGGGCGGAGCAGAGUUGGGCGGAGGGGGAUAGAGGGUGGGGCGCAGCAACGGAGCAGGGCGAGGAAAGGGUGGGGGAGCGGGGGGAGAGUGCGGAGGGCGGAUGGGGCAAUGAGGCACUAGAGCAGCUGGUGCAGGCGGGCAGGUGGAACGAGGCACGGGUACUGGCAGGCCGGCUGGAGGGCCAUGGGGGCAGUGGCAGCACAGCACAGGGGGAUGGCGCACGUAUGACAGAUGGGGGAGGAAAUUCACAUGGAGGGGGAGGAUGGAUGGGGGAGAGGGUGGAACAGGCAGGAAGCGGGGAUGAGGAGGGGGAUGAGAUGGGGGAGGGGAGCACGGGUGCGGCAUCGAUGACGCAGGAAGCCAGUGCGUUGCAGGCGCGCAUAACCCUCACUCAGGCGGAGCACAUGGUGCAGGAGUGGCAGCACCUGCUGUGGGAGGAGGAGGAUGAGCGCGCAGUGGUGUGGGAGCACUGCCACCACCUCUUCAUGCGCCACCACCUCCCACCGCACCGUGCCGUUGCCUUCUUCCUCGCCCAUGCCUGCUCACUUGGCGCCCAGCUCUCACGCCCCACUGCCACGCCUGCUGCUGUGCCCGCCCCUGACAGUGACGCAGAGGGCAUUGGGGGCAGCAGGGAGGAUGGAGUGGGGGCGGUGGAGGGCAAAGGGGAGGAUGAGGAGGAGGAGAGGGUAGAGGCGGAGACAGACCCCCUCAGUGAAGGCUUGUGGAGUGCCGUGAGCGUGUGGGGGGGAGAAGAGGAGGGGCAAGAGGAGGAAGAGGAGGAGGAGGUUUGGAGUGAGGCAGGCGAGGAGGGCGAUGGUUGGAGCAAUUACAUGGAGUGUGCGCAGAGGAGGGCACGGUGUCUGCACCCCGUGCUGCUGCUUGCACUGCAGUGGAACCUCAGAGCAUACCACCUGGCUUAUCUCCAUGCAUGCAGGUCAGCAGCAGCACUGCACACGGCACCUGAGGACUGCACAACCCCGCACGCCACCACCACUGAGUGCGAGCUGUCGCUCUCCGCCCUCGCCUGCCGUGUGUGGGAGGUGGCAGCACUGGCGGACCACCCCCUGCCCUCGCCCCACCACUGCACUCCCUUCCCCGGGCUCGCCGUGCCGCUCUGCUCCCUGUGGCACCGCCUGGCGCGUGGCCCUGCGAGCUCCUUCCUCGCUCGCACCGCGCGCGUGAUGGCUGCCAACCAAGACGCCCUCUGCGCUGCCGCCGCCGCCCCGCUCGACACGCCCUCCUCCUGCACCACCCAGCUGCCACUGCCACCCGUUUGGCCGUCAACAGACGGCGAUGCAGGGAGAGGAGAGGAGGAGGAGAGGGCGAGGGAGGGCGUGGUGCAGGUGCUGCUGGAGCGAGGGCAGAUGGAGGGUGCACGUGCAGUGUGUGCACACGUGGAUGGUGAUGAUGGCAGGGAAGGCAUGAUGGAGGCGGAUGUGGCGAUGGUGGAGGCAGCAGAGGCGAUAGCGGUGCAUGAGGGCAUGAUGGACGAGGACAUGCAUGCCAUGGUGCUGCAUGCAUGCCGCACAUGCCCUGUGGAGGACGAUACUCGCCACCUGCUCUUCUCCGACCAACCCUUGGAUGUCCUCACAGCCCUUGCCAGGCUCGUCUCGCUCCCCUCCGCCCGGCUCUGCAUCCUGCGCUGCUUCGCCCGCCGCCAAGCACUGCAGCUCCUGUCGAGCCUCUCCGAACCGCUCUCCACCGUCUCCGUGCCUGCGCUUCUGCGAGCGCUGCUGGCGGAGGGAGAAGCGGCGGUGGCGAGUGUGCAGCUGCUGCUGGCCACAGGGGUGCUGUCCGGCGCUGAUGCCGUGCCCGCCGUGGCAGAGCGAAUCGUUCAGGUGAUAGACAGCGGGUACAGCAGUGCAGCCAGCACCACAUGGCGCAACGCUGCAUACAGGCGGUUCACGGACGUACGGGGCAGAGGGCAUGGCGAUGGGGAGGCCGUGCAGGGAGUGGGUGGCGGCAGCACAGCGGCAUGGGGUGCAGCCCGACAGGGCAGUGCCAAUGUCGCCCGCACUGCAUUCAUGUCCCCAUCGCACCCCGCUGCACCACCUCCCUCGUCGUCCGCAGCCUCGCCUCGGUCCUUCCACCCCUCGCCCCUCCUCGCGCGUGCAUCCUCACUGUCAUCAUCAGCAGCAGCGUCUGGACGCAGCUUAGGGCGCACUGCCAGUGGCAAGGCGCUGUGGGGAGGGGAUGCACCCGGUGCACUGGAUGCCACGUCUCGCCUGCCAUGGGAUGAGUCAGAGGUGGUGGCGCUGCUCUCCCUGCUCUCCCACCACCCCGCCCUGCCUGACCUCCCUUUCGCAUUCCCACCGCUGCCUCCUGCUUCACCAUCUGCCCACAACAGCAGCAGCAGGGGCGAGAGCAGUGAGGCUCCGCCCUUGAUUUUCCUGCCUCUGGCUCUGCUUCACUGCCUGAAACACCUUGACGGGGCCAACGCCAACACACAGGUCGAUGUGCUGCUUCUUGCACACUACGCCAGUGUGGCAGUCCCCUUGGCAGCCAAUGAGACGCUGCCACGUGUCACAGAGGCGAUGGUGCAGUGUGCGGUGUCAUUGUCCUCGUCGUCCCUUGCAUCCGCCUCCCUGCGUCUGCUCCUCGCCACCACCAACCCGCGCCCCCUCUGCUUCAUCCUCACGCGACUCCUUGCCUCCGGCCAGCUUGCCUUCCUGCUCUCCCGCCUGCCUGCCGCCGCCUCUGCUGCCCAUGCCGUGCGCUCCGUCUUCCUCCAAGCCACCCUUCCUGCCGCCAGCGCCAGAAACCCCAUGAGUAGCAUGCUCUCCCUCUCCGCCUUUGCCCCGCCCCCAUCCACCGCCACCACCAUGUGCGCCACUUGUGCCAGAGGCUUCUGCCCUGUUCCCACGGCCGUGCCGCAUGCCUCCAGGCGGGGCAGCGGCGUUGGUGGUGGCAGGUGCAGCGGGGGAGGGGGGUGUUUGGCAUUGGAGGUGCGCAUUGCACUGCACACAGCGGCAUGGAGCCAGGGGCUGUGCGACGACAGCAAGAACCUCGUGUUGCAGCAGCUGGGGCCGGCACGGGAGUUGGCGGAGGCGCAUGAGAGGCGCGCGGGGGACUACCUGACGGACUGGCGGGCGCUGCAGUCGUCGCGCUGGCUGCACGCCAACGACGACGCCGCCGUGCUCAUGCUGCUCGACGCCAUGCGCUGCCUCACAGCCGCCGCCUCCAUGUGGGACGAGCUGGGGGCGGGCGACAGGGCGCGGCGCAGCGUGGCGCAGGCGGCACUGCUGGGGCUGCAGGUGCAUGUGGGGGACACGCUCGUGGGGCUGACACCCGCUGCUGCCAGCGUGCUGCUGCAGCAGCAGCACCGCUUCUUCGAGGCGCUCGUCAUCGCCAACGCAUACGAUCUCACCUCGCCUGCCGACUGGUCGCUACUCCUCUGGACCCACCUGGACCGCUUCCGACCGUCGCCAGAGUUCCUGGACGAGUGGGCGAUGGCGGUGCCGAUGGCGCUGGACAUGCUGCUAGACGUGGCGGAGCGCGUGCAGCACGAGGUGGGUAACAACCGCUCCGCUCACGUGAACUAUCUUGCUGGUGCGUUCCGGCACCUGCUGUGGCUCGUGCCGAACCUGGAGGAGCGGCUGCAGCUGGCGACGGUGUCACGUGCCGCCCCUGCGGAGGUGGACAAGUGCCUCAGCAUGCUGGACCGCGUGCCCGCCACCACUGCCCCCCUCCUGCUGCGCCGAGGCCAUGGCGGGGCGUACAUGCCCGUGCUGUGA